UUGGAAAUUGGAAGUUUGGAACGUUGACGGUUGAACAGUUGAAUACAACAGAAAUCAAAACAAAAGAUUCUAGCUGGUACUGCGUUUUCGCGCGCGAAUCAUUACAGAAUACAGAUAGCAGCACUUUUUGCAAUCAACUCUUGAUUUUAACAAAAUAUUACUUAACUUAGUAACUUAUUAAGAGCGUCUUUAGAUAAAUUAAUUAUUGUAGGAUUAUAUAAGUUAACGUUUCUAUUGAAGAAUGUUUUCAAAAGCAAAAAGAUUUGAGUCCACUGCACAUAUUAAAAGUCAUUUUAAUACACAAAAUAAAAGAGAUACUGAAAAACAACCAAGUAAAGCGCCUGUUGUCCUAAAAACUAAAUUACCGUCUACUACGCCUUCUAAAGAAAGUUCAGAUGCAAAGUCACAAUGUAGUUCCACGAGUACCAAAUCUUUCAAAACCCCAAGACCUCUCAAACCUUCAACUGCUACAAAUAAAUUUACAGCUGGUAGCCUAAAAAAGACAUUACCUCUUUCCAAAAACUUACCUAAAAAUCAUGAAACCAAAGAUCAAGAAGAACUCAUUAAAGCAUAUCAAGUUGAAAUAAGGAAUAAGGAUACUACUAUUUCUGAGUAUAAUAAACAAAUAGAUGACCUAAAAUGUGAAAUUGCCAAAUUACAAAAUCUCUUACAAGAAACCAAAAAGAAUUGUGAUGAUGUUGAAAAAAUCAAUAAUAAAUUUAGCCAGAUAGCUAUGAGCGAUGAGCAGCCUAGCAAUGAUAAAAACGCCAAUGAAACUUGCCCUGUUGCACUUAUCAAUCAAUUAAAUUAUAAGAUAUUUGAUUUACGAAAGAAUUGUGAAAAGUUAGAGAAAGAGGUCAGUGACAAACAAGUAGAACUUUCGUCGCUUGAAGAAGUGAUAACUAUUAGAGAUACCUUGUGCACUGAUUUACAAAAUAAGCUUACCAAUGUAGAAUCUUGCUUAGAAGAAACUCGCCAAAGACUUGAAAUGGUUAAAGGUCAUCAUGCUUUGGCUCUAGAAGCAAAUGAAAGCAUCAGACGUGAAUAUAAAGCUGAGCUUGAAACUCUUAAAACAAAGCUAGAUGAAGAAAAACAGGCAAUCCUUGCAAAAUCCAAGGCUGACCAAGAAAACUUGAAAUUAACGUACAACACAUUAAUAGAUUCAAUUAAAUGUCAGCUUAAAAAAGAAAAAGAUGAUAAAGUACAGGAGUUACAGCAAUCUAUGCUUGCAAAAGAUAGGGAAAUGAAAGCCAAAUUGGAACAAAUUGAUGAGGCUACACAUGAAAAAUUAAAACUUUGUGAAAUACAAUUUGAAGAGCGAAGCAGACAUUUACAAGAGCACUGGGCACAACAGCAAAAAGAAAUACAAUGCUUAGAAGCUGAAAUUAAAGAAUUAAAAUACUUACUUAACAUUAAUGAAGAAAAAAACUCUGUAUUAAAUAAGGAAAUUAAAAAUGUUCAAAAUGAAAAUGAUAUUUUGAGAACUGGGAAAGCCAAUUUAAUGAAGGAAUUGGAAGAUUUAAAAGAUGAAUCAAAAAAGAAAAUAAUAGAUUAUGAAAAUGAAAUCAACAAGUUAACAGUGGAAGUCGAUAGAGCAAUUAAAGAAAAAAAUAAAUUUGAAAUGUCAUUAUCCGUUACCAGAGAUAUAGUUCAAGUAUUGACCAUGCGCUUAAGAGAAUCUGAUAAUGAAUUGGAACACUUGGAGAGCCAAGUUCAAACAUUAACAAAUUCUAAAGAUGUUUUAGAAUCUGAGCUUGCCAGUUUUAAGAAUACACUUAAUAACACAGUACUGGAAUGUAAUGAAUAUAAAGAGGCACUUGUGAAUAUUUUGAAAUCUAAAGCUGCUCUGGCCAAAGAACAUAACAGAAUUAUGGAACACAAUGUAUCUUUAAUAGAAAGCCUACAGAAUGUUGAAAAAGAAGCUUAUCGUGAACUCGGAUCUAUUAAAAGUGAACUGAUUGAAGAUGUAGAAAUGAUUAAAAAGGAAUCUAAAUCCCAAAUACAACUGCUAAAGGAAGAGGUGGAAAAGAAACGUGUCCUGUGUGAAUUAGCUAAAGAGCAUGCUGGACAAGCAACGGCUGCAGCAGAACAAUCUCGUACCCUACUCUCACAAGCUGCUGCUGAGAUAUCUCGGCUUGAGAGUGAAAAUCAUUGUCUGCAACAACAGAUUCAAGAUCAACAGUCUUUAGUAGUUGAACUGUCACUUCUUAGACAAGAAAAUGAGGAAUUAACAAUGACUCUUGCAAAACAAUCUUCUGUAAUCGACAAACUUAAAAAGGAAGCUGAACAAGUACCAAUGAAACCUAAGUCGCCAUCUGUAAUGCGCAAGGGUCAUAAGAUUGGAAAAGAAAACAUUCAAGUCAUUUCUCCUUUAAGGGAGCGUAAUCAUUUGAUAUCAUAAUUUGUUUGUAUUUCUUUCUAACAUUGUCUAUAACAAAAUUGACUAACCUCCAUUUGUUGCAUACCAAAAUUUGUUUAUAUUUAUUAUUUAUUUAUUAUUCAUGUUUUAAUUUAUUGGCGUGUUACCUUUAUCAGAAAUUACUUUAAUGUAAUUUUCUUAUUUAUUGUGAACAUAUUGAUAGUUUUGAUAAUAAUAAAUAAACAGAAACAU